GACACAGUACAAUGACACUGCCGAUCCGACAAUCGAUUGCACCGCGAUGUCCCAGCGCUGUGCUCUCCUGAUGGGGGCGCCCUUCACCACCUGUAACAUCGACCCACAGCCCUACAUUCAAGCCUGCAAUUACACUUUGUGCCGAUAUCCUGCGGUGGACGGUUUGAAGUGCACAUUCAUGGAGGCCUACGCCAGAGACUGUAGAAUCCGCAGAAACACCAUGAUGGACGGCUGGAGGUCAAGCGUCAGCUGCCCUGGUCCUCAGGCCUUCUGUCAGGGCCGGUUCUGCAGCGAUCAUGAGUUCUGUGGUGAAACUCGGUGCUUCUGUCGAGCCAUUUUUGCCUCCCAGUAUGGAUCACCUUUUGAGCAGUCAACAGUCUGCAUAGAAAACACUGCUUCGGUUACUUUUGUUGGUUGUCUCCUGGAGGAUUUUGGCAUUGACUACACCGCCCUUCACCUGAAAGAUGAGACCUGCAAGGGUCAGGUGGACAAUAUGACCCACACGGUGUCCUUCACCUUUGACGGCCACAACACCUGUGGUACAGUGGUCACGGUGAGUUUUCAUUGUCAGUCAAAUCCCAUUUUCCAGUCUGGUGAACAUCUGCUCACUCUUCUGGUCUUUGUGAAACCCUUUGACCCUGAAGGCCAACGACACACACCUAAUCUACAUGAACACCAUUAUGUCAGAAAAUAGAUCUGGUGAAAUUGUUCGCAGUGAAGACGUGCUGAUUGACCUCUCCUGCUU